AUGGUGAGGCGGUCAUCCAGAGUUCUAAAGCGGAAGGCUGAGGAGGACUUGGAGCCAGAUCUGAAACUCGUUGAUGUUGAACCUGAAAGUAGAUGGAAGAAAUUAUGUAGAAUUAAAGAAGAAAAGGGACUGCUUGAAUCGUUCCGUAAGGAUGAGUCUACACGGCUUAUACUCCAUCGAAUAUCAUUAUCGGAUGAGCAAAGGAAACAGUACAACGCCAAGGCGGCUGAACGGAUGCGGCGUUACAGAGAGCGCAAAAAAGAAAACAUCAAUCCCCAGAAACGCAUGACCAGGGCUGAAAUUCAGUCUUCAGAGGAAAAGAAAACGAAGCAGAGGGAGUAUUGGCGUUUGAAGAAACAAGAGUACCGCGCGAGUUUGACGGGACAAGCAAAGCGUCGCAGGAGAGAGAAGGAAAGGGCACAAAGAGAACCAGAGCAGGGUGAAGUAGUAUCGUCUCAUGUAUCGCCUGAUGAAGAAUCUGAUGAAGAUUUUCAGACUGACUGUGCUAGGAGAAAAGCAAUCUCCCGCGUAAAGCAGUGUAUGCCAAAGACGCCGAAGAAAUGGAUAAAAGUGAUUGGUGGGUUAGUUAGAAAGAUGAGCCCAAGGAAGCAAAAGCAUGCUGAAAAUCAUGGUUUUGUAAAUAAUCCAGACAACACAGUCCAUGCAGAAAUUGGGAUCAAUAUUUCCAAAGAGGUUGAUAAAUUAAAGAAGAAACGGGAUCGAAAGUCACUUGCUGUUAGGCGGAGAUUAGUGCUUGCUAUGCCAAGAAGGGCAAACAGUGUGAAGUGGUCCAAGCUUGUAAAUAGGCAGAGCGAUAUGAGGGAUGAGCAGAUGAAAACAUCAAGGUCCUUGUCAGACAGCUUGAAAGGCACCAUCCAGGAGUUUUAUGAAGAAAACGCAACAGUCCUGCCUUGCCAGAAAAGGAUAACGAAGAAACUGAAGAAAGCUCGUUCUGGUUUGUCAUUCACUACGCACCGGCUUCAUCAAAAGUUUGUCAAACAGACUGGAAAGAAAGUUGGCAUUACAAGCUUCAGAAAAUUAAGGCCAAAGCAUACACUCUGCAGAGAUAAAGUGAAAUACAAUCAAUGCCUUUGUGAGCGUUGCCAGAAUUGUGAUCUAAAACUGAAGACCAUCAACAGGUUCAUAGACCCACAGUUGAAAAUUAAGGACCGAUACCACAUGGCAAAACUGACAGUUUGUGAAUAUGAGGGAGAUUAUCCAGCUAUGGCAUGCAUCUUGCGCAAAUGUUCUCUCUGUGGUGUAAAGAAAUUGCGACAAUAUUUGGAACCAACAAAACCAAGUACGGAAACAUGCAGAUGGCAAGUGUGGCAGCAGAAAUCGUUUGAGAUGGGUGGGAAGCAGACCAAGAGGAAAGCCUUGGCGAUGAAUGUUGGAUCCGUGGAAGAACUGAUUGACGAGCUGUGUGAAGAAAUGGAAAACUUCUCAAGACACUUGUUCUUCGCUUCUUGGCAGCACCAGCAGUUUUUGAAGAUCUCAAAAAAUCCACCUGAAGGGUUCUGUGUCCUGGUUGCAGAUUACUCGGAGAACUAUAGGUGUGACAUGCAGGAUGAAGUGCAAUCCGCCCAUUGGAGCUACCAGCAAGCCUCCAUAUUCCCUGUAGUCGCAUACUACAGAUGCCCAGAGCCGGACUGUAAAGAGGUGGUUCAGGAGUCCUUGGUCUUUGUUUCAAAUGAUCUAAAUCAUGACGCAAGCGCUGUGCACAACUUCCUGACAAAAGCCAACCAACACCUUUCUGCCAAAACGAUGAUCCAUCAUGAGGUACAGUUUAGCGACGGUUGCAGUGCCCAGUUCAAAUCCCGGGAACCAUUUGCUGACUUGUCCUAUGGAAAGCAUGACUACGGGUUCUCAGUUGAAAGAUCGUUUUUUGGGUCGAAUCAUGGAAAGGGCCCCAGUGAUGGUUUAGGCGCGGUAGUAAAACGAGCCACUAGGGAUGCAGUGAAAUCACGGGAAACCACUGUCCAAGAUGCCAAAGACAUGUGCAAUUACUUGGAACAAAAUCUGACGAUUCCUAGCCAGGACAUGCAGGAUGGUUGCUGCCACAAGCCGCGUACAUUUUUCUAUGUUGAUGCUGAAAACAUCCAGAGGAAACGUCCGUCAAGACACCCAAAUACUGGAGUCAAGGGUACAAGGUCGCUUCACUGUGUUAGAGGCAUAUCGCCAGGACACCUGAUGACACGCAUGCUCAGCUGCUACUGUGACAGUUGUAUGGAAGGAAAGUAUCAGCAAUGUGUAAACAAGCAAUAUGUUCCGGAGUGGCAAGUCUGUUCACUCCGGCUACCCAACAUAACUGAAGCUGCUGUCCAUUUCUUCGCAGACAUACAAACACAAAUGAAGAAAGUGAAAGACUAUGGAAAGCUGGUCAACAUUUGUACUGUAGCAAAGGAGAAGUUGGGGGAAUUUCCAUUAGGCAUGUUAGAACUGGGAACAAUCUCGAACCUACUCAAACGUGACCAAAAAGCUGAGAGGGAUAUUCCAAAUGACAUGGCCCAUAGGAAGAAGGCAUUGAAUGUGCUAGCUGAUGGUAACUGCUUCCCUAGAUGCGCAAGUCUGUUGGCCUAUGGGAAUGAAGAUCACCAUGUUGAAAUGAGGGUGAGGAUUGUCAUUGAAAUGACAAUGAAUGAAGACACAUACCUGAAUGAUAACUAUCUAGGUGGAGGGUUCAAUUCCAAAACUCCCAAGUGCGGCUUAGCAAGUCUAUUUGCCAGUUUCUCAGACAUCUACACAGGUCAAGUAAUCACUAAGACAGUGAUGACUAAAAUCUACAGAGAUGAAGCCUUGAAGGUAGCAAAGCCAGGAUCCUACUGCGGAAUUUGGCAGCUAUUCGCUUUGGCCAGUAUUCUUCAACGUCCAAUAUUCUCGGUGUACCCUUGUCACUGUAAUAAUGAGGGAGUGGUUCGCAGAAACCUUCAUCGAUUGAUCAUUCCAAGAACACAGGCAGCCGCAGAAUGUGCACACAUUCUAUGGACGAACAACAGGGAUGAUGUCAGCUAUUCCAACUGGAAUCCCAACCACUUUGUGGUUUUAGUUGAUGAUCACACUUCAACAUACAGUUCCAUGACCACGAUGCCGAUGGAUCCUGAACCCCAGACAUCGCACAAUCCAAGCAUGGUAGCAGCCGGGCAGCCUCACUCUUCAGUGGAACCCAGUUCCAUGGACGAGAUGCCGAUGGAUCCUGAACCCCAGACAUCGCACAAUCCGAGCAUGGUAGCAGCCAGACAGCCUCACUCUUCAGUGGAACCCAGCCUCUCCAGAAUACAUGUAGAUGAAUCCGGGGAUCAAUCCAAUGGUAGCACAUCAACACCGUCACCAGAUAUCUCUCCAGAGAACUCCAGCUUACCUGAAAUGAAGGAAAGGAAUCGGGCUCAUGCUGUGAAACCAGGGAACUACAUAUUGGUAAAUGUUCCAAGAAAAAAGGGAGGCUACCUACCAUUCGUAGCAGAGGUUGUCCAAAAAGUUGAAGGGAGUGAGAAUGUGGUAGUCCAUUUCAUGGAACGAGACAGCGCACCAAAAACAUGGAGGUGGCCCGAUGAAACACUACUACGUGACCAUGUGAUUACAAGACAGGAAGUACUCCUGAUUCUGAAAGAACCAUUAAUAAAAAUGAAGGGUUCGCGUAUGAUGUAUGUUUUUAAUGAACCCUAA